CGCCCCCCGUUGCCCCCCAGCCAUGCCCAACAUCGUGCUGUUCAGCGGCAGCUCCCACCACGACCUGUCCCAGCGGGUGGCCGACCGCCUGGGGCUGGAGCUGGGCAAGGUGGUCACCAAGAAGUUCAGCAACCAGGAGACCAGUGUAGAGAUUGGUGAAAGUGUGAGAGGAGAAGAUGUGUAUAUUAUCCAGAGUGGCUGUGGAGAAAUAAAUGACAACUUAAUGGAACUGCUCAUCAUGAUCAAUGCUUGCAAGAUUGCAUCAUCCUCCAGAGUGACUGCAGUAAUUCCGUGUUUUCCAUAUGCCAGGCAAGAUAAGAAAGACAAGAAGGGGGCCGUGGAGCGUUGGAGUCGUGCUCCAAUCUCUGCAAAACUUGUUGCCAACAUGCUGUCAGUUGCAGGGGCUGACCACAUCAUCACCAUGGACCUGCAUGCUUCUCAGAUCCAGGGUUUCUUUGACAUUCCAGUAGAUAACUUGUAUGCAGAACCUGCAGUGCUGCAGUGGAUUAAAGAAAACAUUUUGGAGUGGAAAAACUGUAUCAUAGUUUCACCUGAUGCAGGUGGUGCAAAAAGGGUUACUUCAAUUGCUGACAGGCUGAAUGUGGAAUUUGCUCUCAUUCACAAGGAAAGAAAGAAGGCAAAUGAAGUGGACAGAAUGGUCUUGGUUGGUGAUGUGAAAGACAGAGUAGCAAUUCUUGUUGAUGAUAUGGCUGACACGUGUGGCACAAUAUGUCACGCAGCAGAUAAAUUGGUAUCUGCUGGAGCCACCAAAGUUUAUGCUAUUCUUACUCAUGGCAUCUUUUCUGGCCCUGCUAUUUCUCGGAUUAAUAAUGCAGCAUUUGAGGCUGUUGUGGUAACUAAUACAAUCCCCCAAGAAGAGAAAAUGAAACACUGCCCAAAAAUUCAGUUUAUUGACAUUUCCAUGAUCCUGGCUGAGGCAAUUCGAAGAACACACAACGGUGAAUCUGUAUCUUACCUGUUCAGCCAUGUCCCCUUGUAAUUGCAGGAAGUUACACUGCACCUUUGUAGAGGUCCUGUCAACUAGCACUAUUGUUUUUAACAAUGCAUUUCAACCACAAGAAAUGAAUAUAUUUGUAAAAUUCCAGAGCUUUUAUGUUUAAUUAUGAUAUUUGUUUUGUAAUUAUCAUUUAUUCUUUGUAAAUGGACAAUAAAUCUCCAUCUUGCAGAAACUUUUAAUG